AGUGCCUGCAUUUUCAAGAUGGCGAGAGAAUAAAAUAACCGAUAACUUUAUUAUUUAAUAUAAAAAAUAAUUGGGUACAUUUAAAUUUAUUUAAACACACCAACAAUUUAUUCAAAAAAUUUAACUAUUUUAUUUUCAAUAAAAUUAUUUUUUUAAACUAUACUAUGGCCCAACAUACUAUUCCUCUAGAUAUACUCGACGAUUUAAGCAGCCGAUUUAUAAUAAAUGUACCGGAAGACGAACGUAAAGAUUUAGUACGUAUAUGUUUUCAAAUAGAAUUAGCCCAUUGGUUUUACCUGGACUUUUACUGCGCUGACGAAAUGAGUAAACUUAAAUCAUGUAAUAUGAAAGAAUUUUCAAUGCACAUAUUCCGUCAUAUACCAUUUUUAAGAUCUCAUUUACCUCAUUUGGAUACAAUAUUAGAACAAUGGCGUGAAUAUAAACAAAGUGUGCCAACUUUUGGUGCUAUUGUAUUAAAUGAAGAUAUGUCUAAAGUGCUGUUGGUACAAAAUUAUUGGUCGAAAAAUAGUUGGGGCUUUCCAAAAGGUAAGGUCAAUGAAGAUGAAGAUCCCUCGCAUUGCGCUGUGCGUGAAGUACUAGAAGAAACGGGGUUUGAUAUUUCUGGUUUGAUUGAUAAAAAUGAUUUUAUUGAAUCGGUCAUAAAUGACCGUGUUGUCAGAUUGUAUAUGAUUUCUGGUGUUCAGAAAGACACUAAAUUCCAGCCAUUGACGAGAAAAGAAAUAAAAAAUGUUGAAUGGUUCUCGUUGAAUGAUUUACCAAAUAAUACUAAAGAUAUGACACCCAAAGUUAAAAUGGGCGUUGGUCCCAAUGCCUUUUUUAUGGUUGUACCAUUUGUCAGACGAAUGAAACGUUGGGUUUUUGAAAAACAACAACGGGAAAAACAAUUGUCGAAACGUAACAGGCAUAAAUCACUUGGUGAUGUUGAUAUUGUUAAAAAUAAACGUCAGCAAUCAUUACAGACAAACACAAUUGAAUCAAAAAAUCAACGUCAGUCAAAUACUUCCCCAGCACGCAAUCGUCGGCAAGCUCAUUCCAAAAGUACAAUAAAAAAUAAUCCAACCGAUAAUAUCAAUAGUAAUAGCAGUAAUAAUAGUAAAAAUUUAACAAAACAAGCAAUAAAACGUAAUUUAUUCGGUGAUAAUGAUACUAAUAAGUCAAUUAAAAAAUCAUCUAGUGCAUUAGCUAGACAAUUAAGAGAUAGUCCUCGUGAAUUUCAUUAUUACAAACAAAUAAAUACUAUUGAAAAACAAUCUGAUAGUGACGGUAACGAGCUAAAUAGCGAAAAUAUCGAGUCAUAUUUUGCACAAUUGAAAAUAAAUUCCGAUGAUAAUUCAUGUGAAAGUGACAUCGAUUACUGUAAAUUCAAUUACAAAUCAUGUGCAUGGGCACAAUUUAAAUUUGAUAAACAGGCGAUAUUAAAUUGUAUUGCUAAUCGAGUAUGAAUAGCUCGUUAAAAUGUCUGGA